AUGAUGCAUUAUCUAGACCUCAUGAGUUGGAUUCCCUUUUUCUUUUUCGUUCUCUUCAGUUUGAAUCUUGUAAAGAACAAAUGGAAGACGAAUAAGGCAAUCAAGAAGAAGCUUCCAGCAGGGCCAUGGAAGCUUCCAAUCAUUGGAAACAUGCAUCAAUUGAUUGGUUCACUUCCGCAUCAUGCUCUCAAAAAUUUAGCCCAAAAACAUGGUGAUCUGAUGCAUCUUCAGCUCGGAGAAAUCUCGGCUAUCGUCGCGUCGUCUCCACGCAUGGCGAAAGCGAUUUUGAAGACACACGAUGUUGCUUUUGCGGAUAGGCCGGAUUUUCUCGUCGGAAAGAUCAUAUUCUAUGAUAAUUCCGAUAUCGCGUUUUCUCCGUUUGGCGAUUACUGGAGACAGAUGCGGAAAAUAGCUACUUUGGAGCUUCUUAGCAACAAAAGUGUCCGAUCAUUUUCUUCGAUUCGCAAAGAUGAGAUCUUGCAACUCAUUUCAUCCAUUCGGGAAGAGGCUUUGAAACCAUCAAAGAAGCCUAUAAAUUUGGCCCAAAAGACUUUCUCAUACACAAACUCUAUGGUUUGUAGAGUUGCAUUUGGUAGGGUUUUCGGGCAGCAUAGAGACAAAGUGAUUAAGCUGAUGAAGGAAGUGUUAUUGCGAGCCAGUGGAUUUGAUAUUUCCGAUAUUCUUCCAUCCUGGAAAAUUCUUUGUCACUUAAGCUUGAUGAAGCCUAAGUUGGAGGAAUUGCACGAUGAGUUUGAUGAGAUUUUGGAAACCAUAAUACAAAAACAUUUGGAGAACCCAACUGGGAGGAACGGUGAGUUCGGACAAGAAGAUCUGAUUGAUGUUCUACUAAGGAUUCAAAAAAGUGGUGAUCUUCAGUUUCCAAUCAACAACACCAACAUCAAGGCGGUAUUGCUGGACAUGUUCACUGGAGGGACUACAACUUCAGCUACAGUGGUGGAAUGGGCAAUGGCAGAGAUGAUGAGAAAUCCAGAUGUAAUGGCAAAAGCCCAGAGAGAAAUAAGGAAAGCUUUGCCUAGAGCGGAAAAGAGAGUUAUCGAAGAAAUUGAUAUUCAAAAAUUGAGUUACUUAAAAUUAGUAAUUAAAGAAACUCUAAGGCUUCAUUCUCCUGUGCCUUUAUUAGUUCCUAGGGAUUGCAAGGAGCAAUGUGAAAUUGACGGAUAUAUCAUCCCUCCGAAAACAAGAGUUAUGGUUAAUGUUUGGGCGAUCGGAAGAGAUCCAAAGUAUUGGAAUGAUCCGGAAAGCUUCCAACCGGAGAGGUUUGAGAAUAACACAAUUGACAUCUUAGGAACUGAUUUUGAAUAUCUUCCAUUUGGUGGUGGUAAGAGGAUUUGCCCUGGAAUUUCAUUUGGUUUAGCUAAUGUCGAAGUUCCACUUGCUAAUCUGUUGUACCAUUUCAACUGGAAACUACCGGACAAUAUUGAAAGUUCGGGUUUAGAUAUGGCAGAGGCUUAUGGAUUAGCCGGAACAAGGAAAAACAGCCUUUUAUUGAUACCCUCACCGUUGGCAUUGGAAGAAAUUAAUGAAAAUCAAAGAGGUUAUGAAAGCAGGGAUCAGCAAUGGUCAAUGAACCUGAAACUGCUCAUCACUUAUUCUUUCAAUUUGAAUGUCCAAGAAAUGCUGCAAGUAUGGAGAUGGGAUAUCAGUGUGCUGGAGCAGUUGCCGGGCUACAUAAGACCUUGUUACCGGGCUCUCUUAAAUGUUUAUUUUGAGACAGCGAAAAGGCUGGCUAGACAAGAGAAAGCAAACCUAGCGGAAUAUGCAAUAUCAUCUAUGCAAGAUUUAGCAAAAUCGUAUUGCGAAGAGACAAAAUGGAUACUCAGGAAGGACAUUCCUAACUAUGAUGAGUACAUGAAGGUUGCACUUCCAAGUUGUGGUUACAAAAUGUUACCAAUGAAUGCCUUGAUGUGCAUGGGGAAAUUUGUGACUCAAGAUAUCCUCGAUUGGAUGGCAAAGACACCAUUGAUCAUAACAGCUGUCACUUUGAUUUGUAGAUUAAUGGACGACAUUGCUAAUGGAGAGUGGGGUAAACAAAGGGGAGAAGAAGCUUCGGCGGUUGAAUGUCACAUGCAUCAAUAUAACACUUCCAGAGAAGACACCUUGAUUGAGCUUCGGAAACAAGUAGCAAAUGCAUGGAAGGAUUGA